AUGUUUGCUGGCGAUGCGCCACGCGCAGCGUUGUCGCAAAUGAGCCUUGCAACAGUCGUUCAUCCAUCCAGAGAAGAUGGCGGUGGUGAUCAGAACGCUGCCGCUGCGACACCGCGCGCCUUGGAUCGAAAGAAUCUCAGUAUACGAGAAAGGCUGCGAUUGUGGGAAUCGGAGAAUCCCACAGAGGCUCAAUCAAUGCUUUCAGACUAUGCACAUACUGGAGAGGUCUCCAACAGCUUGACCCGUCCGCAAAACGACUCGAUGCAUCAGGUCGACGUCGCUCCACCUCUGUUUGAUGGCGAUGAGUUGAGUGAUCUUCGCUCGGAUAGCACCAAUCUAAGACCUGGCGAUUUGGUCGAGAUGAGCUCUCAAGGUUCGAGACGACCUUUGAUGGCCGUCUGCUUGGGCCGAUUUAACGGGUAUGAGCACUACUACACGAGCGGAGGACAGUGGUUCACCGGUCUAGGCAUACAAUCACUAUUUGUUGUGCAUAGUUUUGUCCAACCAGCCGAGCUCGAGCCCAUCAUCAAAGAAAUCCCCUUGGAUGAGAUCUCCUUAGAUACGGUCAAUGCCCUGCGCAGCGUGGGCCAUGAUCCGUCCCGAAAGGCAGGCGCCAAACUUUUGAAAAAGAUGGUCGACUUUACCCAAGAGGCUGAGGGUAUCUACCAAGCGCACGCAGGCAAGCUGGAUGCCUCGAGUGCCUUCAUCGGGGAUCCAGUAAAACACCGAUACCUCACUCUUCAUGAAAUAGCCGAUCGCCUCCUGCCCUAUUCAAUCAAGAGAGAAGGCAAAAUUCCUGCGGUGGCACUGUAUGCCGUUCACAGAGCCUUACUCCAGGACGACAUUUUCUUCAGGCCACUCAAGCAAGCAGGUCAUCGGAACUCGUAUUUAUUCGAGAUAAGUCCGCUUUCAGAAGUCCGCACCAUACAGAAGAUUCAGAACCUCGUGCGAAUUUAUCUCGAGACAUCAAAUGAUAAACGCAAAAAUGUGCCAAACACUUUUGGAGGAUUUGUCUCUACCGUGCAAAAGGCAAUUGACAACAGCAGGAAGUCCAGGAAACCGACGACACACGGAGUCAUUGGCCCUUCCGGGGCUUCUAUAAACCCCCUCCCCGAGUGGUCUGCCCUUGACCUGGAAAUUUUGCAUUUCAUCCAGCUAUGGUCCGGCUAUCAAAAAUUCCCCAGUGGCUCUAGUCUUCAGGCCAUAGGGUCAAUGAUCUUACGAGCUGUGGACCGUUAUCCGGAUGCAAAGCUGGAAGCUAGCGCCGGAUGGACGUUGCUCCAGGAAGUAGGCUAUAUCACCCCUUGGGACAUUCAGUCUCGGUAUAAGCUACGCUUUCCGGACAUCGAAGUCAAGAGAAGCGGUGGCUUUGACCGACCUUAUCACGGAGACAUGUCCAAUGAGUUGACUCCCGACAAAUUCAGCAGUGACAGAAAAACGUGCAGUACAAUGUAUGCAAUCGAUGCAGAGACAACUACCGAUAUUGACGAUGCUAUAUCUUUGGAGCGGACCUUGAAUCCGGAUCAAGCCUGGAUUCAUGUCCAUAUUGCAGACCCGGCCUCAUCUAUCGCUAGCGAUACGGCGAUUGCCAAUUUUGCAGAGCUAGUGCCUGAGACCAUCUAUCUCCAAGGUCACUUCUCUCGGAUGCUGCCCAACGAUAUCAGCGUUGAUCGCUUCUCAUUGGCAGCAGGACGGCCAUGUAUGACCUUCAGCGCACUCGUCGAUACAAAGGGCUCCAUACUGGAGCACAAAAUCACCCCUGGGACUGUGGGUGAUAUUAUCUAUAUGACUGGCGAGGAAGUCAACGAAGCUCUCGGCGAAAUGAGAGUGGACCCUACUGCCACGGAUCAAGAGUUAUCAAUUGGACCCAAAGCGGUCGCUGUCAAGGCCAACCGGACGAUGACGCGGCCCAAGGACCUGACUGCAGAGCAGAAGGAGGAACUGACGCUACUCUCGCACUUUGGAAAAGCCCUUCACCACGGACGCCUCAGCAAAGGUGCAGUACCUUACUUCCAGGCUCGCCCAUCCCCCAAGGUUUCUCUCGAUGGGGUAACACUGAAUGAAAGUAAAGACGGCUUCUUCGGUACAACAGGCGACCCCUCCAUCCAUAUCAGCUUCUCCAAGCGUGCGGGAACCGAUAUCGUUGAGCAUACCAUGCGUUUAGCUUGCGAGGUGGCUGCCCGGUGGUGCAACGAACGCGGCAUCCCCGUUCCCUAUCGAACGCAACCACGCGCCAUGCAGAACGCCGAAAUGAUACGGCAGUUCACACAGGACAACUUGAUGCCACUGAUUGAGUCUGGUCAGCGGCCCGACGAUGCCAUGUGGCGGAAUCUCCGCGGCCUCCUUGGUGGUGACGAGUUGACUACCAAACCAGGCCCUCAUUUUAUGAUGGGAGUCGACAUGUACACAAAAGCCACAUCGCCUCUGCGGCGCUUUGGUGAUUUGAUUGUGCACUGGCAAAUUCAAGCUGCGCUGCUCGAAGAGAAGAAACUCGGCAAAUCCUUGAUUGGCAACGAGGACGACUCGUUCCUCCCCUUCCGCCGCGAUCGUCUCGACCGGAUGCUACCCAUGCUCCGCAUGCGUGAGCGCCAAGCCAAGCUUCUCAGUAACGGCAGCGGUUCUGACCAAUGGAUUCUGCAAGCGCUGGUGCGGGCAUGGAAGUUUGGUGAGGCCGAGCUCCCUGAGACCUUCAGUUUCAAGGUUUCUCAUGUCGAAGGCCGACAGAGCCUCAUGGGUCGGCUGGACUGGUUCGACCGCACCGCGUUCUUGAGGCCCGAGGCAUUGAACGAUCUAGUCAUGAUGGCUGAUGUGAGGAUCAACGAUGUGUUUGAAGUGAAGCUCAAGGAUGUCAAUGUCCAUUCUGGUGUCAUCCUAGUUGAAGCGAUCGAGCUAGUCGAGCGCGGAACCACCUCGGCGCCUCCGAGUAGUGUGCUUGAACCAAACACGACACCCGAGGUGACGGUCUAA